AAAUAGAAUCUACUGUUAGUCUAGUAUUUAUAUCAGAGGGAAGAGUUACAGUUGAUGUAUGGUUAAAGUCGGUGUAGGAGAGGAAAUCAUGAAAAGCAAACCAAUGACAGCUGGCAUGUUGUCAUAGUUUAGCAUUGUGAGAUUUCCAUAUGGAAAAUGGAUAAUAAUGGAUUGCUACAUUAAACAAAUGUAGAGGUCGCAGACUCGCAGUUAAUCUAAGGUUGACGGAAGGUGGUUGAGACAAAGAAGCUGAGGAGGAGGGAGAGGACCACUGAAGAAGGAGAAGACACCACAGGAAAGAAACACUUUUAGGACGGUGGAGAGAGAGGGAGCAAGAGAAAGAGAGUGCCACAGCGAUUGCUAAAAACGAAGACAAAUUUUGGAUAAAAGACACAUAAUUACAAUAAAAGGAGAAUAAGAAGGUAGGUGAAGAUGAAGAGGAAGAGGAAAAAGAGGAGUCUGACUCCAGAAGAGAGAGAACCUUCACAGGAUAAAUGCUGCAAGAAGACAAAGAAGAAAGCCAAGAAUCAGAAUGUAGCACAGAAGACCAAGUACAAUAAAGAAAGUAAGAAGAGUGACACUGAGAAUAAAAAACUUAUCAGUGUAGGGAAGAAACACCCUGAAGAUGAGAAGAAGAAAAGAAAAAGGAUUAAAGAAGAUCAAGCAAAGAAGAAAAAGGAAAUGCUCUCAGAUGAGACCAGUAAACCUGAGAGCAAGAAGAGAAAGCAAGAUGAAAAAACUGAAAGCAGUAAGAAAACCGGCUUAGAAGAUCUUGAAAUUCUUCAGAGCAGCAAAAGAAGGAAGGAGCAGGACAAGAGGAAAAGACCAAGGAGCCCAGAAGAUCCGUUGGAAGGUAAGGGGAAAAACAUAUUACUUUAGUAUUCAUUUUCUGUUAUACCUACUUCUAAUUUUUUAAUAUAGAGUCAUUAUAGUUUCCACAAAUCCAUCCCUCUGCUUCGUUCAAGUCUAUAGAUUUUUAGAAGACUUAUAUUUACAGUUAGGUGUUUUUAGGCCAAAGAUUAUUAGGGAAAAUAGGAAUCCCCAAAGGCCUAAAAAAAUCCCUCUUACACUUAACUGUUUUAUUAAAAAUCCCAACAAUGCAAACCAUCUCCUCCUUCCAGGCCAGCUCCACUUCUACCCCUAGAAGGUCCUCUAGCCUUGUCACACCUACAGGCACCACUUUGUAUUCAAUGGACAAAGCCCAAAAUCCCUCAUGCCAUUGCCCUUAGACAUACAUUUUUAUAUUUAUUUACAGAAU